AUGGAGAAGGAUUACAAAGGACAAAUUACUACAGUUUCCUUGGUAGAAACUACAGUGAACCCUUCGGGGGUCCAGCUGGUCAGCACCUAUCACACCAAUCGCAUAGGAGACCCUUCCAACCUCGUGGAGUUGGCCCACCAGGUGCAAAAGGCUGACGACUUCAUAAGAGCAAACGCCUGCAACAAGCUGACUGUAAUAGCGGAGCAGAUCCGGGUGUUACAGGAGCAAGCACGGAGGGUGUUGGAAGAUGCCAAGAGAGAUGCCGAGUUACACCACGCAGCGUGCAAUGUGGUAAAGAAACCUGGAAAUAUCUAUUACUUGUAUAGAAGGGAAAGUGGGCAGAGGUACUUCUCCAUUCUCUCUCCAAAGGAAUGGGGAAAGAGCUGUCCACACGAAUUCAUCGCAGCAUACAAGCUUCAGCAUGACAUGUCAUGGACGCCCUUCAAGGACAUCCAAAAGCGAGAUGCAGAAAUUAGUAUUAUUGAUAAACUGCUGAAUGAUCAGAUUGCCCUUCCAUCAUCUGCUGAGCCCAACUUCAGAGGACUCACUAAUUAACUUUCUGAGAAGCCUCUGGCUUCUAGUGUGCUCAGUGGACAAAUGAGCAAGGGAAUCGCAUCCUCACUUCACAAUAAUUGGCUGUAUGUGACUUUAUUAUGGGUUGUUUGUGGACUUGUCUAUGUUGAGCAGAUGUGCCUUUGAAUCUU